AUGAAUCUGAAUCGACCCCAGAGACGUGGAAGUGGUAUGCCAAGUAGCGGAGAGCGAGUUAGAAGUACUGCUGAGAGAGGGGUGAAGGAAGCAGACGAGCUUCGUCGGUAUGUGAAUGGUUCGGCUGAUUCCUGCACCGUGGGAAUGACAGGUGAUAUUUUCAUCAAUUCAAAUGGGGACCGUGAAUCAGACUACACUUUAUAUGAUAUGGAUCAAGCCACUGGAGUGAUGGAGCCAGUUGGGACAUAUGUGGGAUCCAAACAACAGUUUCGUCUUUUUGAUGGUGUAUCUGUUCAAUGGCCUGGAAAUCGCAAAACACCCCCUCCAGAUGUCCCUUACUGUGGCUUUGAUGGAAAAGCUAAACAUUGCGAAAAAAAUGAAGUAUUUCAGGGCAUGCGUGUUGCUGUAAAGCCAUUAAACAUUAAACGGCUAACAUUAUCUCGCUCGGUGUUGAUGGACCUGAAACAGAUGCGUAACUCAUCGCAUGAAAAUCUAGUACGUUUCAUUGGCAUGUGUCCAGAAGAGCCUCAUAUAGUAUUAUUCACAGAGUUUUGUCCGCGUGGAAACCUUCGAAAGCUGUUGGAAAAUGAUAGAUUUUCUCUGGACUGGAAUUUCAGAUAUUCAAUCGUUAAUGAUAUAGUCGAGGGCAUGAGUUUCAUACAUGACAGCUCUAUUUCCUACCAUGGAAAAUUAAAGUCUUCAAACUGUGUCAUAGACGGACACUUUGUUGUGAAGUUAACAGACUUUGGAUUGCGAUCUCUUAUUCUACAGGACCAACGAGACCAAUCGCCUAAUCCCCGCUCCUACUUUUGGGCCUCACCAGAACAAUUGCGAGAACGUUAUCCAGACAUGCAUGGAUCUCAGAAAGGUGACGUCUACAGUUUUGCUAUCAUUCUCCAGGAAGUGGUAACACGUUCAGAACCUUAUAGUACCUCUUCAACUGAUUCAGAUCCUGAAGAAAUUUUAGAGAAAAUUAGGAGAGGAAAUAUACCUCCUUUUAGACCAGAAAUUUCUUCAGAUGCUUGUUCUGUGGAACUUCUUACAUUGAUCCAUCGAUGCUGGGCAGAAGAUCCAUCUAUUCGACCAUCGUUUGCUUUCAUAAAAGUCACACUAAAGCAAAUUUCAAGGGAAAAAAGCAGUGGUAACUUUCUAGAUAAUCUUUUGAACCGGAUGGAACAAUAUGCAAGUAACUUGGAACAUUUAGUGGAGGAAAAAACGCAAGCCUUUCUGGAAGAGAAGAAAAAAAGUGAAGAGCUCUUAUACCAGAUUUUACCAAGAUAUGUUGCUGACCAGCUAAGAAGUGGACAUCACGUUCAACCAGAAACGUUUGAGUCGGUUACUAUAUACUUCAGUGAUAUUGUAGGGUUUACAGAACUAUCAGCAGAGAGUUCACCUAUGGAGGUAAUUGACCUUCUUAAUGACCUGUACAUAACAUUUGAUUCGAUAAUUGAGAAUUUCGACGUAUAUAAGGUGGAAACUAUUGGAGAUGCCUACAUGGUUGUGUCUGGCCUUCCAAUUAGAAAUGGCAUAAAUCAUGCCCGAGAAAUUGCCCGAAUGUCCUUGAAACUUCGUGAUGCCAUAAAACUGUUUAAAGUACGUCAUCGCCCUAAAAAUGUGCUUCAACUUAGAAUUGGAAUUCAUUCAGGUGUGUGUGCUGCAGGAGUAGUAGGUUUGAAGAUGCCAAGAUAUUGCUUGUUUGGUGACACUGUCAACACAGCAUCAAGAAUGGAAACCACUGGAGAACCUAUGAAGAUCCACAUGAGCCCAGACACUAGAACAAUCCUGAAGAACUUCGGUACAUUCAGUAUCUCCUUGCGUGGAGAAGUUUAUCUCAAGGGAAAAGGGAUGAUCCGGACAUAUUGGUUAGAAGGAGAAGACCUGGAAAAACGGGCAGUGUACAGAAGAGUUAAAUACAAGCUUUGA